CUUGCGAAAGAUCCGUCUAUUGCUUCUUUUAUGACUCCGGAUCUUAUCUCGUCGCCACCACAACCUGGCGCUGCAGAGCGUGCAUUUCACGAAGUCGAGACUAUGCUCAACAUACGGGAGCAGCUGAAGAUGGAUAGCCCGAUCAAAAUGCCCCAGCGGAGACGUCACUCUAGUACAAGCACAGUACGAGAUGAUCACACUAUUGUCUCUCCAGAGAGCGCACGUUCCGAACUCUCUACUGAGGGAUUAUUCGCGAUCCCGCUCAAGCGUGCGCAACGUAGCGACGGCGGCGGCCCUUCCCAAUCUUCACCUAGGGGGCAGACCUCACUUGAGAAAACGUCGACCAAGCAGGCUCCGCCCGAGACUCCUUCCACUGUUCGUUCAUCACCAAUGGCACACCACCCCAGCGCCAUGCCAUCCCCAUUGCGCACCGGAAGCCACUUCUUGCCGCCGACUACCUACACACCAACGCAGCCACGCUCGCGAAAAGAAGCAAAGAAACCUCUGAAGAUCUCGACAGUCGAGGAAAGAGGAUUGAAUGAGGCUCUCUUGUCACCGUACGAGCCACCAUGGACACCUGGCGGUCGACCAAAACCCAAGGAGGAUAUCUUCAAGAAUAUGCCAAGCUUGACACCACCCGUUGGAGAGAGUCUGGUUGUGCGCCACUCACCUCCAAUUGGUGGCAGCCGUUGGUCCAAGGAGACGACGACGGCAUCAGCUCGUACCGGC